AUGGCGGGGCUGGCGGGGUUCCUGGAUGCGCUACUCGCAGCCGGGAGCCGAGCAUUCUGCAGCCCCAUUGCCAUAUUCAUCCAGAUCCAGGUGCGACCUCUUCUUCCCUGGAAUCAUCAAAGGCUUCCUAUCUGUCGUGUUGAUCAGCUGCCACCUUAUGGCUACGUAUCAUGAGUCCUGACGGCUAUACAGUUAUGCGCUUGUCCUGGUCCUUCCGGGUUUUACGUUCAUAUGGAUGUCGAAUCGACGGCUGAAAGAAGUUGCCAUGUGGACGAAUGUUUCUACAUCUUGAUUUUUUUUUGAAUAAAUCACGCAAGAACGCCCCCGGCGCAACCGAUUUUGACGUAGCCAGCUACAUUCCGAUGCCUCAUUCUGCACUAUUAUUCUUGAUCAUUGACACCAAUAUCCAUUUUUGUCCUCUCUAGUAGACAAAGAAAAAUAAGUAUUUAUAGUUUUCUGUACUUGGCAGAUUCUUCGGGAUCAUCGUUUAUUUUUAAUUACCGACCAACGCUUAUUGGAAAAAAGAAUAUCUGUAGGUAUUUUUGUCCGUCGAAACUUCUGGAGGUAUGGGACUGUGGGGGUUUAUAGAGUAUUGCCCAAAUGCAUAUAUUAUCCUUUGGCAGUAACUUAUCAGAUGGGAGCCUGGCACAUUUCGUUGUGUUCAGCGCUGACAUGACGCUCCAUACCGAGCUAUGCAAUGUAUGGACUGAAGAAAGGCUUUUGCGCCUCUUGAUUGUUUACGUGCCAUAGAAAAAUUCAUGGAACUAACAGCUAAUCCUAAGUAUUACUGUACUUCACUUUGAAGGCUAUAAGAAACAAGUAAGAAGGAAAAGCUUUUUUUCUCUCCAUCUUUUCAAUCAUACCGGCUCUCGCUGAGAAAAGCUUAUCACUAUCAUGGACUAAUCUGGUUUUCUCUCUAAGUACUUCCUGCUUGUCAUCUCCUGGUUUAUUAUUCGCUUGAUUUGCUUGCUUUUUUUAAUCUCGUCACUACAUUUUUGUUUAGUAUACCUUUCUCUUCGAGGUAAAAGUAUUGCUUGUUCACAGAAUCUAGUUCGGAUAAUUUUACAUCUUUAUGUAGAACAUUUCGUAACUAGUUGGGUUUUAUCUUGUUCAUCUAGGAAAUGCUCUUGGCAUGCCUCAUAUACGUACUUAGUCUCGUUUCUCAUACGAAGUGACAGCCCAAGUUGUCUUCUUUAGCCAUCAUAUGUAACUGAGACACUUAUUUCCUUUUAUUUUGCAUAGGGAUGCAUCAUCUGUUUAACACUUGCUAUUGGAUGGACUUUUGCCGCCCAUGUCAGGUAACCAUGCGAAAAAUUUACUGAAUGAUAACUUUGAUAACAAUUGUAACUUCGUUGAAAACAUUUCCAUGUAGGGUAAGUUUUUUAUUCAUCAAUUUUUUUUUUUCUCAUAGGAAUAAAGUGAUAAAGCGCAUGAAGCAAGCUAUUGAAGGUGGAAAUCAUUUUGCAUUUAUCUGUGAGGAUAUCAAUGAUCUUGAGCACUCUGCUCAGUCGAAAUUACCUGGACUAUCAGUGAUCAUGCCAGUCAAGGGUUUCGGGGAGCAUAAUUUUCAGAACUGGAGAAGUCAGGUCAGUAUUCAUGUCUAUUGAUUCAUUUGUUUUCCUCUAAAAUUGCAAUUUUCUAUUCGCAGUUAGAUAUUUUGGAUUCGGCACUUGGUCUCAAUAAGUCUGAUCCUUUUUAUACUCAUUUGACUCUCAUUUGCCUUUACACAAACCAAAUUUCUUUGCGCUCCCCAUAGUUAGCUAAUCAUAAUUGAAAUUAAAACCAUGGAAGCACAGGGGUAAUUUCAGAUUGCCCAGCAUUUUUUGAACGUCUAGAUGCAGAAAACAUGCAGAUUGUUUCUACCUAUGCUAUUCCAUCCAAAUUUCUUUGUUUGUAUUAGUUAUUAGUCUAUAAUUUCUAUAAAGGUUUAAUCAGGUUAUAUUUUUUUCCCCCAUGAUACGUGGAAUUAUGUGAUCACACUUGUUGCAUUAUUGCAGAUAACUUCCCUCUAUGGAGGGCCCUUGGAAUUCCUCUUUGUAGUUGAAAGUGUUGAUGAUCCGGCUUACCACGGUGUUACUUUGUUGAUAUCAGAGUUUCAGGUAAACCAUCAAGGAUAUUACAUCAUCCAUGCGGUAAGGCAACCAAGAAGUCUGCCUUGACUUCUCGUCAGCCUGCCAAUCACUUUUCCGAUAAAGAUUAGUUCGUUGGAGUAAAACCAUAAAAUUAGCUUUAUGGGACAUUCUGUACAGAAACUUUUUUACUGGGAAAUCUCAGCCUUGGAUGCUGCAGAGAUUUUCCGUCUGAAAAAUGAAAUUUUACAUUUUUUAAUUAUCAUUGUGAUGUUCAAUUCAUUGUGGUUAUUAUUUGUUUGCUAUUUGGUUAUUCAAUAUGUGGGCGUUGAGAUGAUAAUGCUAUGCUACGAUUUGUGAGAGUAAUGAUGAGGUUUUUGCCAUCUUUGAUGAAUUGAUUUCUUUUUUUUUGUCCAGGACUGUGUUGAUGCAAAAAUUAUUGUUGCUGGUUUCUCAACGACUUGCAGUCAGAAAAUCCAUAACCAGUUAGUAUGUCAUUUUUUCUUUUUCUUUAGUUUUCUUCAAUCUUUGAGGGUAAAAUUUCAAUUUUUAUUAACAAUCGUAUGCUUAGGGUUCAUGAUGUCACUUGCCAAUGUUUUGACUUCUUGAAAACAGCAAAUGACUUCACCUGAUCCAAAUGGAAAAAUUGGUGUGAUGAAUGUGAUGUUCAAUAUGCAAGAAUGGCAUUUAGGUUUUCUGAAAAUAACUUGUCUCCAAAUAAUGCGGGGUUUGUUCCAGAAAGCUGCAUCUUCUAACUUAUAUAAACAGAUGGUAAAUCCCUCCAGGCUAAACCUAAAAGAGGCUCUGGUCUGUGCAUGGCCUCUAUCUAAGACACCAAUCUAUGCAGGUGUUUAUCUUUUUCAACCCUCUUCUGCCUUUGGAAUUCUUCAUUUUUUUAUGGUUAAUCGGAUAGGAAGCCAUGCAUAUCUAGGAAAACAGGUCUCCAACAGAGUAAAGGAUGGAGACUGAAACAAGGGCUUGGAAAUUGCUCCUUGCCUUCUUUGCUCUGUUACACUCUUUAGGGCGAAAUAACAGGAUAAUCAGGCAUGAACAUCAAGACGAUUGAAAUCAUUUGUGUGUAUGCUUCUUUUUAAAAUGAUAACUUGUUCGUCCUAAGAUUCCACAUGAUAUGCCUUGAUAUCAUUCGUUUAGAGUAUAAAAAAACCAUUUCAAUCAUCAGAGGUUGACAUCAGGAAAGAAACUUUUACGCACAAUAGAGCGUAAACCUUUAAGACGCAAUUUAAGAAAGAUUACUUAUUUAUUAUUGAUGAACAUGAGCAUAGCUGCAACUUCUGCUAACACAAAGUACACGUCAGAUUUAUAAAAUAUAAGAAAGAUAUCUGGACAUAGGAUUCGGCAUAAAUAAUGUGGCGUUUGUUGACAUGUCCAGGAGAAUGGGUGUUAAUUUUCUCGAAAAUUUUUGAAUCUUGCAUUCAAUAAUCUCUACCGGGUUAGAUAUGAAUAAUCCCAAAAAGUGUGCACAGUGUUUAUGAUAUUAAUAAUCUCAAAAAGUAAGUGUAGACGCUUAACCAAUGUCCUAGACACAUACCUAUUGACACAUGACAUUUAUAAUUCAGAAAUUUUCUCUAAAUUAUGGCAAGAAAAGAAAACACGUAUGAGACUAUCCUCUUGACUCACUAGUAUGAUUGACAGAGUUUCGUAGAGAAAAAUUUCUAGGGCACAAAAGUAAACUUUCCUAUGUCACUGGAUCACCUGGAAGUUGAUGUAAUGGUGCAUCACUAGUUGUAUCCAUCAUUAUUCUUUAUGCAGAUGAAAUUUGGGGCAAGCUUUUGUUAGUGGCGAAACACAUUAAUAACCCAUAUGGGACAAUGAGUAGAAGAGAUCGAAGAAGAAGAAGAAGAAUAGAGAAAGGGUAGACAGAAUAUACACAGAACAAUGCAUAUAUUUUUAUGUGACGUGAAUAUUUCUGGAUCUAGGGCCUUGCAGUAUGGUGAAGUAGCUAUCACUGGGAAGAAGAGAGGUUCUCCUUUAAAGAUGUGGAGGCUAUGGCUACACACACCCAAUUUAAAACUUGGUCUUGGUCCUAAAAAUUUCCUGAGCCACCAUUUUGUUGGUAACAGCCCCCUUGCGACUCUGGAUUGCUCACUGCAAAUUUCGAUCUGCAAAGCACAGGGAAGCCUUACUAAGAUAGUAGCAGUGCUACAUAAUCCAGCAGCCUUUAUAAAGGCACGUCUGAACUAUAUUAUUUCGUCAGUUCUCGUGAUCUGAUGACGAUAAUAGGUUACAAUCUUUUGGUUUAAUCUGGACUUUGCGAGGCUGAAAUGCAUGCUGAGUUGGCUGAUUCCGUUCUGAUUCUGCUCAUGUCGUUAAUACGCUAUGAUCUUAUUUUUUCAUUGCCAACUUUUCCUGUUGGAUCUUGAUUGUGCUGACGUCAUUGUCUUUUUCAAAAGAUAUCAUCCCUUUCAUACUGAGCAUAUUUAUAUUUUUCUGUGGUGAAAACACUAAGUGCUCACUCUUUUACUGGUAACUUCGUGGAUGAUUGCAUAGGCUGGUGUUCAAAAUAUGCAUAAAGACAGCAAGUAUGUUUUGUUUCUGGAUGAUGAUGUUAGAUUGCAUCCUGGGUCAAUUCGAGCUCUUACGUCAGAGAUGGAGAAAAAUCCCAAGGUCUGUAUCUCAAGUUCUUACACUCCUCUCAUGAGAUUUUUGCUCCCGGUGUCAUAUGAACACUGCCCUCCUCCGUUUUUUUGGCAUCCAGAUAUUCAUUCAAACUGGAUACCCACUCGACUUGCCUUCUGGAAGCUUGGGGAGCUACUGUAUAUAUGAAUAUCAUAUGGUUCGACCCCUUUUCUCUUGUGGAUUUUCAUGCCCUUGGAUGCAUCAAUAGAACUGUUUAAGCCGUGGCAUCUGGCACCUCGGGUAAAGACUCGUCUAGGCUAUUGUCACCAUCUUGACACUCCUCAUACAUGUUCAAUGCAGUGUUUUGAAGGCGUCGCCUAGACAACAGGCGGCUCAGACGCUCCAGGCGUCAAGCCAUUGCCUUCCCUCGUUACUUACUUCAGAGCUUUUCUCUGAAAAUUUUCUUUCUUUCAGCCUUGCUCGAUGGGAUUUGCUACAGGUGGAAAGACGUUCUUCCUUUGGGGAGGGUGCAUGAUGGUAAGCCAUUCACCCCUCGGAAAGCUUUCAGCCAGAUUCUGGCACAUUUCCUUUCUUACUUUUAUUUUUUAUAUUCCUAGAUGCAUGCCGACGAUUUCCGGAAUAACUUAUACGGCAUGGUUUCUGGACUCAAAGAUGGUGGAUACUCCGACGAUAUGACCCUGGCUGCAAUAGCAGGUAGGUAAUGUGGCCUGAUUGCUAUUCUUGGUAGGACCAUGAGCUCAACCAUCUGGAGCCUCCCCUUGAACCAUCUGGACCUUGGUUCUCUUGCUUUACUUCUAAUUCUGGGUUUCUUUUCCUGUCCCAUUUUGAAUUAGAUUAUAUAUAUAUAUAUAUAGAUAUUCUGAAUUAUUUAUUCUCUUAGAUAAAUUAUCUUCAAAUUUUUAUUCUAUUUCUACGGUGAUCUGGUGUUAUUGUUCUUGAGAUUGAGCUCAAAAUCACUGUCUGAGAACCACCCAGCUGGUAAACUGAGAGAUGGUAUUGUUUUCAGGUGCCCACAAGAGAUUAAUAACAUCGCCACCUGUUGCCAUCUUCCCGCAUCCUCUUGCAAGCGACCUUACAUUUUCGAGGUUUAUUCUAUUUUAUUUAUUUCGUUUUUAAAAAUGAAAAAAAUACUAAAGCAUUGACUUUUGCCUCUGACCAUCUGGGGGGCAGGUACUGGAAUUACCUGAGAAAGCAGACAUUCGUUCUGGAAUCUUACAUCUCCAGGGUCAACUGGUUGAUGAAUCGGGCAUUAUUCUCCUCACAUUGCUAUCUAUCUUGGGGAUUUUUUUGCCCAUAUUUCAUGGCCGCAGUACACGUGGCCGCAGCACUGCGAGCAAGAUUCAGCGAUUACCCUUUCAAGGAAUCAACCUCCUCCUCCUGCGGUGAGCUCAUCACCUGCUUGGCAGCUCCCCAAGCAGAUUGUCCUUGAUAAAAGUGUUCAACUAUUCAAGGGUCUAGUGCCAUGUCUUGCCUCUUCCCAUCUUCAGGGUUGCUGCUGACUGCCUGCUUAGCUGCGUGCACCAUCUUGGAACUCAUUUCGAUGUGGAACCUGACAAAAGUGGAAAUCCAGCUGUGCAACAUGUUAUCUCCAGAGGGGCCUCCUUUAUCUCUCCGUUCAUAUAACUGGGGGCUUGUAAGCAUCCUUCUCUGCUCCGAUGGAAUAUUAUCUCUCCCUUCUAGCAAUACAAACUGACCACAUAUUAUAUAUAUUUAUAUAUAUAUAUAUAUAUAUAUUUGGAAUAUAAAUAAAUAUUUAAUUAGCAUUUUGUUGGUCAGGUCUUCGUGGCUAUGCUGGUGGACAACUUCCUAUUCCCGGUCUCUGCUAUGCGCUCGCAUUUAUCGCAGUCUAUCAACUGGUCUGGCGUUCGCUACAACCUGAAGAAUGGAAGGAUAAGUAGGGUACAUCCAUCAGCUGAUAUUUUUUAAAAGUCAACGGUCUACCCUCCACGGUAGUUCCUUCUUGGCUGACGGCCAUUAUUUAUUUCAUAAAAUUGGAAUGUCAUGUAUGCCAGCCGAUUUAGUCAAUUUCUUAAUUAUUAUUAAUUUAGCUAAUUUCUUGUUAUGUCGGCAGAAACCCAUAUUUGUAAAAGAAAUUAAUUCACACACAUUUAUAUUUCAGUGAUUAAAGUGGGAUGUGUUGACUCUAUGCAGAUUGAAAGAUGUGGAGAUCCUGAUUACUCAUACCUGGGAGGAAAGAAUCUGCAUGGGAAGAGGGAGGCCCCAGCCAAGGCAGCACCAUUCCUCUGCUCUCUCUCUAGACUCUUCUCUCGGCAGGACCAGACGAAGAAGUUCGACUGCUAG